CGAUAACAUAUAUCAUGAAGUUAGCUAACCGUACCUCAUAAGUAAUUAUGUAUAGUCAAGGUACUGUAGUUGUAUUCACACACCUGCAUAUAGAAAAUUCACAAUAUAGUUUUUGGACUUCUUACGUGUAAAUUUAGAAAAGUUAACCAGCAAUGACCGACGAUUCUAAUGGAGAAUCUACAUUUGAAUUUGUUGAAAGGAAGACUGACGAGUCUUCUACGUCUGGAGAAAUCGUGAAAACAGAUUCUUUUAGUAGCUUGUCGUCGUCUACGUCUCUGCUAAUGCCAAUAGGCGUAUCAACAUCUACAGGAAGUUUAUUAUCAAAUGUAGCACCACCUAGUGCAUUGCCUAGUUUCAUUUCAAAUUCAGGGACAGUGUCCUCAGAAAAUUCUACCAUACAAAAGAAAGACGAGUCUGCUAAAUCAAAUUUAAGUACUCCUUCUAAGCUUUCACAGCAAGAAAUUCAACAAAUAACUACAACUCCUAUUGUAACUCAACCCACCCAAAAUGCACAAACUACAGCGCAAGCGGGAAGCCCUGUGCAAGAUUCAGGAUUGGUUGGCGGCGGUUUAUUAUCCUGGGUUAAAGAGACAGUAGUAAAUAGUAAUGUUUUGAGCAAAGUUGCUGAGAAAGCAAAGAACAGUGUUAAUACUAUGAUUACAACAUUAGACCCCCAGAUGCAUUCUGGUGGUGAUGUAGAGAUAAUAGUUGCUUCAGACAAAGAUGUGAAAGUAAGUCCUGUACGUCAAGCUUUUCAAACAGUGUUUGGGAAGGCAACAGUUACAGGUGUAGCAGUUGAAAAUUCAACUAUUGCCGCGCAGCCAAUUGGUUUUGCAGCUGGAAUAAAAGGUGCGGAAACAAGAAUUAGUUCCGCACGAAACAUUCCGUCCAUUCCAAAAGACAUACCGAUAGUUGCUGUAGAAAAUUUUUUAUUAGAAGUCGGUGAACAUAAAUGGUUCGAUUUAGGAGUGGUACUUCUUGAUGAUCCUAAACGUAAAGUGACAUUUCAUACAUUUACACAAAUGACGCCAGUACCAACUGAAAUGGUAAUAAUGGCACAAGAAGCCACACCUGAGGAUUACCCUCCAAAAUGGUCUGGAUUAGCAGUUACUAUUGAUAGUUUAAUAGCAAAUGAC